AUGUCUGCUCGUCCACAAGUUACCGUUUUGGCCAUCUCUGGUGAAGCCACCACCGUCUCCCUCCCAUUGCCAGCUGUCUUCAAGGCUCCAAUCAGACCGGACAUUGUCCACUCUGUUUUCACCGCUGUCAACAAGAACAAGAGACAAGCCUACGCUGUCGCCGAAAACGCUGGUCACCAGACCUCUGCUGAGUCCUGGGGUACCGGUCGUGCCGUCGCCCGUAUUCCACGUGUCGGUGGUGGUGGUACUCACCGUUCCGGCCAGGCUGCUUUCGGUAACAUGUGUAGAGGUGGUCGCAUGUUCGCUCCAACCAAGACUUGGAGAAAGUGGCACGUUAAGGUCAACCACAACGAGAAGCGUUACGCUACCGCGUCCGCUAUCGCUGCUUCUGCUGUCCCAUCUUUGGUUUUGGCCAGAGGUCACAGAAUCGAGUCUGUUGCCGAGGUUCCAUUGGUUGUCGCCGACGACUUGGAGUCCGUCACCAAGACCAAGGAAGCCGUUGCUGCCUUGAAGUCUGUUGGUGCCCACAAGGAUGUUGUCAAGGUUAUCAAGUCCAAGAAGUUGAGAGCCGGUAAGGGUAAGCUCAGAGGUAGAAGAUUUACCCAGAGAAGAGGCCCACUCGUUGUCUACGCUCAGGACAACGGUUUGGUCAAGGCCUUCAGAAACAUCCCAGGUGUCGAAACCGCCAACGUUAAGUCUUUGGGUUUGUUGCAGUUGGCCCCAGGUGCUCACUUGGGUAGAUUCGUUAUCUGGACCGCCUCUGCUUUCGCCGCCUUGGACUCUGUUUGGGGUUCCGAAACCACCGCCUCUGUUAAGUCUGGUUACACCUUGCCAGCCAACAUCUUGGCCAACUCUGAUGUCACCAGAUUGAUCAACUCUUCCGAAAUCCAGUCCGUCGUCAGACCAGCUGGCCAGGCCACUCAAAAGAGAACCCAGGUCUUGAAGAAGAACCCAUUGAAGAACAAGCAAGUCUUGUUGAGAUUGAACCCUUACGCCAAGGCUUACGCCGCCGAGAAGUUGGGCUCUGCCAAGGUUGUCCAGUCUAAGGUCAAGCCAUCUAAGGGCCAGUUCGCUGCCGUCUUGAAGCAGGAUUAA